AUGUAUUCCACUUCUUCGAAUCUUCAAGUACUUUACCCAUCCCUACAACAAAGAGCACACCUAAACAGCCACAACGAAAAGCUCAUCUUGGUAGCAAGUCUUUGCGGACCAGCCUUCCUACUCAUAAUUCUCGGCAUCUAUCUAAAGAACAGGAGCGCACAACGCAGUACCAACGAAGCCAAACAAGCAGAAGACGCAAUCGAGCUCACGGGCAUACCUCAGACUCCAGCUUUGAUUGAUCUCAGUCCCAUUAGUCCUCGUUCUCAAUCUCAGAUCAUACUUCCGAUUUCUUCACCUUUACCAUCAGAUAUUGCUCGAGCCAACUGCUCACUGUUCGAGGAGUCCAAAUCUACACUAACUUCUUACGUAUUUGACCCUUUUGCUUCGAGUGCUUCGACACCGGGAACCAUCAGCAGAUCUUCAAUACCCAAAUACUUUCGACGCAAGACUAUCACGCAAAAUUCAGAAGGUAGACCGGAAGUCAGACCUCUUCUUCGAAAUUCAGUCGAAUCCCCAAACGCAUCUGCCCAGGAUAAAUCAAAGCCAAUCUCUCAUACUUCCCGCCGUAAUACAAUUGCGAGUUUUCUUACUGCUUCUCCUGUUCAAGAUAUGUCUUCAACUAGCCCAGCAGAGAUAUCAGACUCACAGGACAAGCGAAAUCUAACUAGUAUGUCGAGCAUCCGGCGGAGAUUUUCUCUAAGGCGACUAACACAAAGACCUACAAACAUUUCGAACACCUAUGCCGACCCGAUUUCAGAAUUAGCUAGCUCAGCUGCACCCAUUGAUACUGCACCAAACGACAGACUUGGACGAAUGACAAGUCUCCGACGAACAUUUCCAACCGCUGGUCGACGGGAAAUGCCAACUCUGGAAGAAGGUGAUGAUCAAUGGUGGAUCUGCUGUCAAGAGCCUGAUGACGAGGAUCCUUCGCCGGCCUGCAAGAAAAGGAAUGGCCAGAGCAACCAUAACUGUGAACGCUGUGGCCAUCCAAUCUGCGGAGAAUGCAAAAUCAAAUCGAACAGUCGAGAGGGGAAGCGUCGUGCUGCCGCUCAGGAACUCGAGGAGUCUAUCAGAGAGCUUACCAGUUCCCCGCGUAGUCCUUCACAUGCCAUAAAGCGGAAGAUGAAUGAUUCAUAG